AUGCUUGCGCGUCUGGAGACAAUUCUGGCUGUCGCCUUCUUGGGGCUGCUCACGAACACAAGUUUUGCAAACAAUGCUGUUCAGCUCAUAAACAAGGGAAACAAUGGAGGAACGGUCUACCAGACGGUGAAUAUCAACCAUAACAUCAACGUUGCUGCUUUUAACAUUUAUUCCGGAAUGCACUCAACCAAUGCGAUUGUUGACUACAACAACGGUCUCAUAGUUUACCACAUGCCCUACAAGAGGACGUGUGUCGUGUCCAGGAUGAAUCGGCAAACUUUUCCAAGCCUAUCACAGCUUGACGACAUGAUCCACGAGGGUCAACCGCUGCAUUCCCUUCACAGAAACUAUCAGAUUUCUCGCACGCUUAUCAGAAACAUUGCUAGCCUCGGAGGGCCCAUCCAAGCCAUCUGUGGAGGCCUGAAUACCUACUGGGCUACUGAGUCCCAAAGUGAGUUUGUCAGUGGCGGUGGCUGUGCAGGGGUGAGGCUACUCUUUCUGGAUGUGAACUUGUGCGGAGGCAUUUCCCUCUUCUAA